AGGGAACAUUCUUUAUUUUUUGCCUAAUGAUUUUAAUAUUUGUGGUGGACAACAUGUUUUAUGCUGUAUUCAUAUUUUAUAUCUCAGUGACGGAAAGCUCGAUAUAAUUGUUCCCUCAUUUGUUCACUACCUGGAAGUCCUUGAAGGUUCUGGUAGAGAUAAAAUGCCAGGAUAUGAAGCUCCAAAUAUGAGGAAACUUGCAGACAAAGUGGCAGCCGAGGGAUUUCUAGUAGUGGUUCCUAAUUUCUUCUAUGGUGAACCUUUUGAUCUUAAUAACCCUAAUAUGGACUGGGAAUCAUGGAGAAAGGCGCAUGGCGUGGAUAAAGGGUUUGAAGAUGCCAAGCCAGUAAUUUCUGCUUUACGAAGCAAGGGAGUCACUUCAAUAGGGGCUGCAGGUUUUUGCUAG